AUGAGUUCAAAAACAAAUCAGGACCCAAAAGCCUUUGUGGCCAUCAAGAAAAGAUCCAGGGUUCCUGGGGUUAUGAUCACCCAAACUGUGGAGCAACUGCCUCCAGGAAAAUCAACACCUGACUUUACCCGCAAGCCAAUGCCUGCGACUGUCCAAGAAGGUAAAAAAGCAUUUUUCAAAGCUAUGGUUAGCGGAGAGCCAGCACCAACUGUGACUUGGGGGCGUAAUAAAGGUGAAAUAGAUGACCCAGAAAAGUACAAGACUAGAUAUGAUGAAAGAGCUCGAGAGCACAUUCUUGAGAUAAUUGAUGUAAAACCAGACCAGAAAGACACCUACAAGUGCUUUGCCACCAAUGAGUAUGGAAAAGCUGUCUGCACCACCACUCUCAAUGUUAUUGCAGUUGGCUUUAAGAAGAAAAGCCAGAAAGCAACUGAGCAUGCACCAGAGGAUUUCAGAUCAAUGCUCAAAAAAACUGUUGUUGUCACCAGAAAAAAACAACUCCCACCAAAGAAAGAAGGAGAAAUAGAUCCUAAACUGUGGGAACUGCUUAUAUGUGCACCAAGGAAAGAUUAUGAAAAAAUCUGUUUGGAGUUUGGGGUUACUGAUUUUCGGUGGCUGUUGAAGAGACUGAACCAGAUGAAGAAGGAAAGGGAGGAUGAACAGGCAAAGGUUGUAGAGACGCUGGACAAUGUGAAACAAAUUGAAGUGAAACCAUAUGGGAGAGCUGAAUUUGGCUUUGACAUGCAGCUAUGGGAUCCCAAUAGCGCGAUUAACUUAUACAAGGAUGGAGUAAUGGUUCCUUAUUGUGAUGAUGAAAAUUCAAAGCACAGCCUUAAGAAAGCAGGGACAAAUUACACUUUCAGUAUCAAAGACCCUCAGCCAGAAGAUGCUGGAUUUUACCAGGUCGAUGUUGAAGAGGCAAAUGUUCUUACAACUGAAUUUCGAGUGCCUGCAGUGGAGUUUGUAGACAAGAUCAAGGAUGUUAAGGCUGUCGAAAGUGAGGAUGCUGUCUUUCAGUGUGUUUUGUCAACACCCCUCAACAGAAUUACUUGGUCCAGAGAGGACUCAUCACUUGAACAUGGGGACAAAUAUGAAAUCACUGUCUCAGAGGACAAACUAACUCACACAUUAAGAGUAAAAGAUUGUGAAAUCACAGAUAAGGGAGCAUAUUAUGCCAUUGCUGGUAUUGCUUCCAGCAGGGCCUCGCUUGUGGUGGAAGCUGAUCCACAUGGUCGGAAAGGUCGCAAGGGAACCAAAACCAGUGAUCAUGAUAACCUGUCUAAACAAGGGUUGGACAAGGCAAAGGUUCCACAAGAGAAAGAUGACUUGGAGACAGUCAACCAAGCACAUGCUGGAGAAACAGCUGCAGAUGCAGCAGCUAAAGCUACACUGGGAGAUAUGAAAGAUGGGGGAGAAGAAAAGGAUGGUUUUGGUGAUGGGAAUGGGGAUGGUUCUGGUGUCGGGACUGGUGGUGGGACUGAGGAUGGUUCUGGUAGCAGGGGUGAUGAUGGUUCUGGGGAUGGAAGUGGGGCUGGUUCUGGUGGUAGGAGUGGUGAUGGAACUGAUGGCGAUGACAGGAAUAACAACCACUUUGGAAAAGGCGAUGAUACAGAUACAAAAGAUGACACGCAUAAAAAGAAGCGCUCACGAACUGGCCCCUUGGUUCCUGACACUGUCUUAGAUCGAGGUGUUCAGUUUGUCUGUGGGCUGUCAGAUACGAAUGCUAAUAUGGGAGAACAGGUGGAGUUGUCCUGCAAACUAAGCAGUGAGUCCUCAGAGGGUCACUGGUAUAAAAAUGGGAAGCUGCUAACAAAUCAGGAUGGGGUAAAAAUUAUCAAAGAUGGAGCCUGUCACAGGUUGAUAAUUGAUUGCUGUAACAAAGAUGAUGCUGCCGUGUACCGCUUUGAAGCUGAAGGACGUAAAUCAGAAGCAACACUUAGUAUUCAAGAUCCACCAAAAAUGGACCCUGAUGCUCUAGGAAAAUUCACAAAGCCAGUCAUUAUAAAGGCAGGUGAAAAUGCUCAGUGGAAGCUGCCAUUCUCAGGGGGUGCACCAAUGACUAUGCACUGGUACAAGGAUGACGACGAGCUGUUGCCAGCACUCAAUGUGAAGAUCGAAACAUCAGAUUCUGAGAGCCAACUACGUCUUAUUAAGUGUCAAAGGAAAGACAGCGGAGAGGUUAAAAUCAAAAUAAAAAAUGAAUUUGGUACAACAGAGGCAAUAUCUAAUCUUAUUGUACUGGACAAACCAACACCCCCACAAGGGCCUGUGGACAUUAUGGAAAGUGCUGUAACAUCUGUUGAGUUCAAAUGGAAACCGCCAAAAGAUAGCGGUGGAUGCCCGAUCACAAAUUACAUCAUAGAACGGCAACAAGUGGGGCGAAAUAAGUGGUCAAAUCUUGGUGAGAUCCCCGGGAACAGCCCCAGCUACAAAGAUUCAGAUGUGGACCCUGGAAGGAGAUACUGCUACCGCAUCAGAGCCAAGACUGCAGAAGGCAUCAGUGACUACCUGCAGACAGAGGACAUACCAGCUGGUGUAUUACGUUAUCCUGGACCACCAGCAGUACCCAAAGUUGUCAGCACCUCUAAAGACUGCAUCAAUUUGUCAUGGGGUCCUCCGUGUGACACUGGCGGAACUAAAAUAGUAGGGUACAAUUUGGAAAAGAACAAGAAAGGCACCAAUUACUGGAGUCUUGUAAACCAAAAAGGGCCAGUUACAGAUACAAAGUAUGCAGUUAAAGAUGUUUUUGAGGGAGCCGCAUAUGAAUUUAGAGUGUCAGCUGUCAAUCUGUCUGGUGCUGGAGAUCCCAGUAUUCCAUGUGAGACAGUUAUUGCAAGAGAUCCAAUGAAACCCCCAGGCAAAGUCACAGACCUUAAAUUAACAUCCUCCAAUUACACUACAUUUUCACUGGCCUGGAGUAAACCUAAGGAAGUGCAAGAGGUAGAGGAUGAAGCCCAAGGAUAUUAUGUGGAGAUCAGACCAACAGAGUGCCUUGAAUGGACCCGCUGUAAUGCCCUCCCAAUUACUCUAACAUCCUACACUGUGCUUGGCCUUAAGGCAAUGGCCACGUACUGGGUGAGAGUAAUUGCCACCAAUUAUGGAGGUGAUGGAGAACCUCAGGGCUUUGACAAUUACAUCAUUGCUAUGCCUCCUCCUGUAAAACCAAAGUUUAAAGACCGCAACAUGAAGACCUUUGUGGUGGUGAAAUCUGGAAACACUGUUCGUCUCAACAUCAGCUUUGAGGCAUCCCCCUUGCCUGAAAUUUCUUGGUUAAAGGAUGGUAUUCCAGUGCCCAAGCAUGUAACCAUUACCAACUCUGAUAAAGGAUCUCAGCUCUUAAUUCCAACAUCUGAGAGGUCGGACACUGGCAUCUACACCAUUAUUGUCAAGAACAUAGUUGGCCAGGAAAGCUUCAAUGUUGAAAUCAGAGUUACAGAUGAUCCUAAACCUCCAGGUCCAGUGGAGCUAGAACAAAACAUCCCAGGAACAGUGACACUACGCUGGACUCCCUCUCCAGAUGAGAAGAGGGAUGACAGGUUGCACUACAUGGUGUCAAAGAGGGACUCCUUCAAACGGACUUGGAGAACGGCAGCAGACAACCUCUUUAACAACAAGUUUACAGUUGUUAACAUUUUGCCUGGCCGGGAGUAUUACUUCAGGGUGUUUGCUAAAAAUGACAUGGGCCUUUCACCACCUGCUGAGUCCCCUGUGUUUGGAACCAAAAAGGAAAAAGAAAAGUUCAAAGUAAACAGGCCAGAGAUAAAACGCCUGAACUUCGAAUCCUCUCCCUCAUUUAUUGUUCCCUUGAAGAGGCGUACAGCUCCACAGGGUUACGAAUGCUACAUGAGUUGUGCCGUUAAGGGUGAUCCAGCUCCACGUGUGACGUGGUACUGGAACAAUAUGAGCCUCAACACAAACACCAACUACCACAUCACAAAUGUAUGUGGAGUCUGCUCCUUGCUUAUAUUGAGAGUGGGAGCCAAGGACAACGGGGAAUACAAAGUCAUCAUAGAGAACAAACUGGGGACUGCAGAGUCAUCCAUGACACUGAAUGUCAGAGGUAUUUACAACGUUUACAAACCACACAGUUCUCACUAA